CGUUUCAUGUGUCAAGUUUAUUUAAAAUGUGUCAUAAAUGAUAAAUUGCUAUUUGUCAAUUUUUGUUAUGACAGUUAUAAGCAGGUUCUAUUCUAGUUGUAAUUAUGUCUUUUUAAAAAAUAAAUGUUGUAAUAACUAAGACCGAUACAGUAUUUUGUAUAUUAUGCAUGAUAACAAUUCACACGAGCAAGAUGGCAUUGUUUACGUUGAUGAAAACAUACCUGGCCCUGAGGAUCAAACUAAUGAGUAUAUUAGUUUAAUAGAAAAAUUUAAUUCUCAACUUACACAUAACUGUGAUUGUAAUGUAAAAUGUAAAGAAGAUUGUUGUAAUUGUCUUCAAAUUUCUGGUGGUGCAAAUUAUACUUCACAUAUCGAAUCACAAUAUCUAGAGACAUUUAAAAUAAAGGAAGCGACAGGUUUGCAUUGUUACCCAAUAAUUGAAUGCAGUCAGCAUUGCAAAUGUUCAGAAAAGUGUGGAAAUAGGGUUGUUCAGAAAGGACCAAUAGAUACACUGUUUGUGAAAACUUGUGACAAUAUUUUGAAAGGUUUAGGGUUAUUUACAAGGGAAUUUAUUCGUAAAGGAACAUUUGUAUGUGAAUAUGCUGGAGAAGUCAUAACAAAAUCAGAGGCUUUACGUCGCCAAACAUAUAAUCAAACACAUAGUAAAAUGAAUUAUAUUUUUUGUUUAAAUGAACAUGUUAAUGGAAACAUUAUCCAGACAUUUGUAGAUCCCAGCUUGUUCGGCAAUAUUGGAAGGUAUAUAAAUCAUAGUUGUGAAUCUAAUUGUGUUAUAAUACCGGUUAGAGUUGAUUCUCCCAUACCUAAACUAGCCCUUUUUAGCUGUGUAGAUAUAUGUGCUAAUGGUGAAAUUACAUUUGAUUAUGGUUCGAGUUAUCUAACUAGUUCUACUGAAUCAAUUUCCAAAAAUUUGAAUGAAAGAAAGAUAUGCUUAUGUAGAAGUCCAAAAUGUAGGGGAUUUAUGCCAUAUGAUAUUUACUAGGAUUAUAUUUUUUUAAAACAUUUUUAAAUUCUAGAUAAUCCAGUGUUUGAUACCAAUGAUGAGUUGUCUAUGUUACUGUAGUACAUCAGAAAAUGGCCCAUAUUGGCUAUUUAUUUAAUAGUAAAUUUGUUAUAUAGUUACUUAGAUUCUUUAUUGAGCAAGUUCAAUUUCAUAAGGCAAUUUCAACCUGUGCAUCUAGUUGACAGGUAGACUAAUAUUAGCGCAACCCGACAUGGGUUGAACUAAUUUUAUACUGCACUGAUAUAUUCUAAGAAAUUUCCCUGCUUAUUAGAAAUGAUUGUUUGAUAAAAAAAAUACAAAUAUAAAAUUUUGUUAAGCAUUGGUAACCCAUGCCUAUAAAAGAAAGAUUUAUAUGUGAUAAGUGAUCUCCUGACAUCUGCCUUUCACACUAUGUUUAUCUUUUUUGU